AUGCUAGAUGAGAUUAAAGAUGUCAAUGAUUUUUACAGUAAAUCCGAAAAGGACUAUGACAAUGGCGAAUUGGAAGAUGAAACUGAAAAUGAUGAUUUGGAUGAAAAUGGAAUAGAAAACGAUGAAUCCGGAAGUGGGAGUGGGGAAUUGACAUCUGAGAGUUCGUUGGAGAAGUCGACUACCUUAUCGGAAGACCAUAAUUCAUGCCGCAGACAAAAUGAUCCGAUCAGUUAUGAAUUCAAUUCGGAACGUGAUGCAACGAAAAUAGAAUAUGAGUGA